AUGGAACAACUACAGGAUCUGGUUACACAAGAAGAUGCAAAUAUUAAAGCCAUCAAUGAAGAGUACAAGAAAGCCUUUAUUUUAAUCAAUAAAGGAUUGAGUACAGAUGAACUAGGUCAGAAGGAAGAGGCAAGAAACUAUUAUAAGCAAGGACUUGACCACUUGCUCCGAGGACUUAGCAUUCCAUUGCAGGGUCCUGCAUGCGUAGGGGCCCAGUGGGAAUCUGCCAGGCAAAUGCAACAGAAGAUGAGGGAGACUCUCCAAAAUGUUCGCACUCGACUCUGCAUUCUAGAACAAAAUGCCCCACCUGUACAAGCAGGUCCUGCUGGAAUGGAUGCCCCUGCUGGGGUGCCCAAGUUGUACCCAUCCAUUCCUUCCAAAGAAAAGCCAGAAAGACCCCCAGCCCCUAAGUCACUGUUUGUACCGAGUCAGCCACCUGCAAAUGAAGCACCUCCUGCUUAUACUCCUCAAGCUACCAAUGGCCAUUUUACUGUGUCUUAUGGCACAGACUCUGGGGAGUUUUCUUCUGUAGGUGAGGACUACUACAGUAAGUGUACUCAGCCACCCCCCCUUGAAAACCUAGGGGUGGAUGCAGAUGAGCUGAUCUUGAUUCCCCAAGGAGUACAGAUAUUCUUUGUGACUCCUGAUGGGCAGGUUAGUGCUCCUUCAUAUCCUGGAUAUCUACGCAUUGUGAAGUUCUUGGAUACAGAUAGUGGGAUGGCCCAGAAUCGUCCACCUGCAUUUCUUCAGGUUUGUGACUGGUUGUAUCCUCUGAUGUGUAACCAGUCUCCUGUUCUGUGCUGCAAUACUGGAGUCUACAUGUUCCCUGACACGAUGUCCCAGAUACCAGGGUCCUACGUGGGAGUAGUGCUGUCUUCAGAACUUCCAGCAGCUGACAGAGAGCUCUUUGAGGAUCUCUUAAAACAGAUGUCUGACCUUCGAAUCCAGGUGCCAGGAUCCCAUGAGAGAGUAGGGUUAUCUUCAGAGCUCCCAGCAACUGAGAGAGCGCAUUUUGAAGAUAAAUUUAAACAGAUGUCUGGCCACAAAGUCCAGCCUUCAGAAGCCUCUAGUGAUGCAGUUAACUUGCCUCAGACUGUACAUAUCCAACCGCAACCUGAAGGAGCAGAAAAUCAGAAAGAGUUGCCAGAAUGGAGCGAGAAAGUUGCCCAUGGAAUCUUGUCAGGUGCAUCUUGGGUAAGCUGGGGCCUAAUAAAAGGAGCAGAAUAUACUGGUAAAGCUAUCCACAAAGGAGCUUCUAAACUGCGAGAACACAUUCAACCAGAAGAAAAACCUCUGGAAGUCAACCCAACUGUAGCAAAGGGGCUUCAAGUAGCAAAACAGGCUACCGGAGGAGCUGUGAAAGUCAGCCAAUUCUUAGUUGAGGGAGUGUGUUCUAUAGCAAGCUGUGUUGGAAGGGAGCUGGCUCCACACGUGAAGAAGCACGGCAGCAAAUUAGUUCCGGAAUCCCUUAAGAAAGAUAAAGAUGGCAAAUCCACUUUUGAUGGUGCUCUGGUGGUAGCAGCAAGUGGAAUUCAAGGGUUUUCAACAGUGUGGCAAGGUUUAGAAAGUGCAGCUAAGUGCAUUGCUAAAAGUGUUUCAACUGAGACUGUGAAAACUGUCAAAUACAAGUAUGGAGAUGAUGCUGGCCAUGCUACAGACAACGCUAUGAAUUCUGCAAUCAAUGUUGGUGUGACAGCAUUUAACAUCGACAAUAUUGGUCUCAAAGCUGUUGUAAAGAGAACUGCAAAGGAAACCGGCCAUGCUGUGCUGGAUGAAUAUAAAGUAUUGGAUAAUGAGAAGAAAGAUAAAAAAUGA